AUGGGCUCCAGUGCACGGAAGAAAAGAGAGAAAAAGAAAGACUUCCAGAAACAAAAACUGAAGGUGGGCAAAGCGAAACCCAAGGCCCAGAACCAUACCGAUACAAGUUUCAAGUCCCAAGCCAUCGUUUUGAACCAGCAGCUGGAUGUCAAUGCCCCCUCACAAUCUGCCCUGUUUCUGCAUCAAAUCUCCCUUCUCUCGUCCAGGUCCGACACUCAGAGGAGAGAUGCCCUUGCCUCCCUAACCAGUUAUGUCGCUUUGAGCCUCCCGGGAAACACUUUGCCAGUUACCACCAGUUCCCUUCUGAGCAGCAUCUAUCCUCUCAUGCUCGAUGGAUCGGCCGCCGUUCGCAAUCAGGUGCUCAAGCUCUUGCGCGCAUUGCCAGGCGAAGACAUCCGCGACCAUGUGAGCAAGGCAUUGCCCUACUUACGUGCAGCCAUGACACAUUUAUCACGAGAAAUUCGAUUCUCCUCGCUUGAAUUUGUAUCCUACAUGAUCAAAGUCGCUGGUCCCGAGCUGGUCUCGUGCGCUGGCGGCUGGCACCAAACCUUGGAAUGCUUUACAACGGUACUGGGGUGGCGGUCAACCGACGCCAGCAAAUGGUCCUCUACUAAAGCAUCGUUUGCUGGAGAUCCCAAAUCUACUGGGCGAAUCAUGCAGGUUCUUGCUGAAUUUCUGCAAGCGGGCCUAGUCGGGCAUGAGCAGUCUUCUUCUGAAACCCAGCCACUGCUUGCACAUUUCCCUUUAUGGGAAGUUGAGACACUACUUGUGCCCGGUAAAUCCAAUGCGUACGCUUAUUUAAGUCUCUUUGGUCCGCAAACAGAGGAUGAGACACAAAUUCUCGACGACCAACAGGAGAGACUGCGCGACUUCUCACAAAACUUUCAGGCACAGAUCUUGGCAGGCAUUGACGCCGCCAGGAAAGGAGGGGGAGAGCUAGGCCGUGCUGCAGGGCUCCUAGUCAAGAUACUGGAACGCGCACAGAGUUCUUGA